AAAAGGUUGACAUGAGAACUUGCUCAUUCCUCCUUAUAUUCUUUUUAUGGCAUUUCAUUCCUUUCUUUCUUUUCUUCUUUUCUCGUCCUUUUGGUAAAUUUCCCUUCUCUCCCUCACACACUUGUCUUAAUACUUGAAAUCAUAUAUUUGUGGUUGUUUAUCAUAUAAAGAAGAAAAAAUGAUGGCAGCUUCGCUCGACCUUCACUCAUUGGAGCAAUAUUGCGAGACUCUAUACAAUCCUUCGAGUCAGACCAGCCGCAUCCAGGUCGAAUCGCUCCUCAACUACCAUUUUCCCACCUUUUCCCUUUCUACUUCCACAGCUGCGACUUCUUCAGCAGCAGCCACAGGUCCUGAUGAUGAGUCACUUAUGAAGGGUCACAGCCCCUCUAUCAAUACUCCUAUUGAAUCGGCGCUCUUUUGUCGUAGCCUUCUCGAAAACACCAAGAACCCAUAUGCUCUCAUGUUUGCAACAUCCCGGCUGAAAAAUCUGGUAGAGGAUCACUUUACCACCUUCACAACGCCAGAGCAACUUGGCCUUCGAACGUUUGUUCUCCGUUACAUCUAUCAAAACCCGGACGCGCAGCCUUUCAUCAUCACUGCACAGGCACAACUCUUUGCCUUAAUCACCAAGUUAGGUUGGCUUGAGAAUGACGAAUUUAGGGCACUGGUCGAUCAAAUUCAAGUGUUUUUUCAGCCUGGCAGAGCCCUCAUCUUCCACACGAUUGGAAUGCGUUUAUUGGCCGCCGUUGCCACUGAAAUGAACAUCCCUAGCAGCCGACACGCUACCAAAUUCCGCAAAAUUGCAGUUGACUUUAGGGAUAAACAAUUGCUGCCUAUCUUCCAAUUUGCGAUAUCAAUGCUUCAAUCUUCUUUGCAAAUUUCAGACCCUGAUGCGGACAAAUUCAGAGAAUCAAUUUUAGUUCUCAUGCGGACAUGCCUCUCUUUCGACUUUAUUGGAACAUUACCAGAUGAGUCAUCGGACGACGUUGGCAGCAUCCAAACGCCAACAACAUGGAGAUCUGUGUUUGAAGAGUCCGGAUAUCUUGAUAUAUUAUGGGAAUGCUGGAAAAAAUUUUCUGGCUCCAACUCUGUUCUAGCCAUGGAAUCACUCUCGCAGGCAGCGUCGAUUCGUCGCUCUCUUUUUUCCAACGACGAUCAUCGGAACAUAUAUAUUUAUCAUAUCAUGCGCGAAAUAGCGUUCACGCUAAAAUCGGGCAUAGGACAGAAUAAGCUACAGGAAGUUGGCAACUUUCAUGAGUUCUGCCGAAUGCUUUCCAAGUUCAGGAGCACGUUUCAGUUGAGCGAGAUGUCUGAAUACAAAGAGUUUGAUCAGUGGAUCUCUACGGUCGGCGAAUUUACAACACGCGGGUUCCAUUCAUGGAAAUGGUCACCGAAUAGUGUGCCAUACCUUCUAACAUUCUGGAGCAAGAUGAUAUCCUCUCUCAGUUCAGUGAAGCAAGCAACACAGGACCAUAUCCAGCGCAUCACUGUGGAUCUCUCUCGUGCAUAUUUGAAGAGUCGCUUAGAGUGUGCGCAAGCAGCAAUCGAUGGCGAGGUAGAUGAUCCUAUGGAGUCUGAAGAGGAAUUAGUGGCAACAUUGGAAAUGUAUGCAACUUUAGCACGCUCCAAGUAUGUCGAUUCCGGUCGAUAUGUCCUGGCAGAGUUCAAGGAUCUCUCUAAAAAGCAUCGAGAUUUGAUCCAGACUGCUUCUGCAGGAACUAACUCUCCAUCGUUCGGCUCAAGCGACCUCAAGGAACAGCUGCAAGUUGUGGAAAUGCAACUGACGUGGAUGGUCUAUAUGAUAGGAGCUCUUGUCGGUGGAAGGAUUUCGUAUCAAAGCACAUCGGAACAGGACGAGAUGGAUGGAGAGCUUUCCAGUGAAGUCCUUGGAUUUGUUUAUCAACAGCAAGUAUGGUCUUCUCAAAGGCCACUUUAUAUUGCUUCGGCAGACGCGCAUCUCUACGUACAGUCGGCAAUCUUGUAUUUCUAUACACAAUUUCGUAGCUCUUAUAUCGGAGAAGAAGCCUCUAAGUCUGUCAAGCUGUACGCUUUGCUAGGCGAACGGUGGGGUCUCAAUAUUCCAAAUCAAGUGCUAGAUGUCAUCAUGAGCUCUUCGCUUGGAAAUCUUCGCUCGAGCGGUGAUCCAGGGUGGAAAAAGCAAGAAGACCAGCUUGUCGUUCGAACAUUACGCCUAUACACGCAUUUGGCUUCAGGGUACAGCGCUGUAAAGCAUAUUCGAAAGCUGGAGACCACACAGGCGCUCUUAAAGAACCACAACUCCAGCGAUUUCAAAUUUCUUGACCCAACAAGAAAAAGUUCGGAUACUGCUGUUGCGCGCUGCCGCUUGAAUUACUACAUGAUGCUUUCGCGCGUCCUCUUCUCGGAAGACAAUGUGGAAGCAGAUUUUUGGCAAUUUGUGCACCCUUGGGAGGUUACACUGGAUCAAGUCACAUUGGCGUUUGAAGGCAGCAGCGAACUUAGUGAAGAAGAUAUUCGGCUAAUUCUUUUAGGCAUUUUCAAGGACCUUCGGGGCUUUGUCAGUAGCAUCACAAAUCGCAAGCAAUACGCUCUAUUUUUUCAGUGGUUCUAUCCAGCGUAUACCCCCAUUGUUCUUCGUGCAAUUGAGAUUUGGCCGCACAACGAGCUUAGUAUCGCAAUCCUUCGAUUCUGGAACGAGUUUGCAAGCAACAAGAGCAGUCGCGUCACAUUUGACAGUAGUAGUCCUAAUGGGAUUUUACUCUUCCGUGAAACAAGCAAUAUCCUUUACACAUAUGGCCAAAACCUUUUGAGUCGACCUUUGUCUGAUUCCAAUGCCAAAUGGGCAGAAAAAUACAAGGGAAUCAUGCUUUACUUCAGUGUCACCUCAGCUUCGCUGUCAGGGAAAUACGUCAAUUUUGGAGUAUUCAAGCUCUAUGGCGACAAAGCACUAGACCAAGUCUUGGAAAUGUUCUUUUCAUUGAUGCUUGCCAUCCCUGUCGAGGAUAUGAUUUCUUUCCCCAAGCUUUCCUACGCUUACUUCAAUUUAAUCGAUGUAUUUACAGCCGAUCAUAUGACUGGGCUAUCUAUGAUGCCUCAACCUGUUUUAGAGUAUAUGUUCCGAGCACUGGGUGAAAUUAUUGUUCCACAGGACCCGAAUACGCUCGUAUGCACUCUGGCCUGCUCUGCCAUUGAUAAAAUCUGUACCUUUGUGUUAAACUGGAUCCUCAGAGAUAAGGUGCGUAAGGAAAAGGACGAAGAGUUGCUGAACCACGAAUCCCCUGACACGAAUAGAGCACGCGCAGGAAGCGGCAACAAUAGUCAGCGCAAUAGCGUCGAGCUCACACGAGGACCACCCAACUCCAAUGGUAGCCGGUCAAUAUCGAUGCGCCGCCAACAACAACAACAUCAGGAAACACAUUGGUUGGUUGACUAUCUAAUGACGAACAAGGAAAUCCUCAACUACCUAUUCAUGAUCAUCUUCCAGGCAGUGACAUUUGAAAACAGAAGCAACUACUGGAGUCUGAGCCGACCGUUGUUGGGACUCAUCCUUUUAAACCGUGAAUUCUAUGUUGCAUAUACAAACAUGUUUGUGGAAAGUCAGCUACCUGACCGACAGGAGCAAGUUCAAACAGCUGUUAAAGCGCUUUUAGAAGGCAUUGUAUACGAUUUAACCACAGUCAACCGUGACAGGUUCACUCAGAACAUCACGACAUUUAGGCGUGAGGUUGGGCAGUUGACGCUAAUGUCUGUAAGCCCUGUGGGCGAAGAUAACGGAAUGAACUGAAUAAGAAUAUGACAUGACAAACUGAUAUUUUUCUUUAGCAAUCAUUUCCAUCAAGAAACCAUAAUUAAAUGUCUACACUAUGACUCGAUUAAAUCAUGGUAUUGCAGAUAGUCG